GUGCAGGUUGGGUGCCCAGGUGUCAGUCUUAACGAAGAGUCCAGCCGUCACACACACACACACACACACACACAUCCAUCCAUCCAUCCAUGUGUGCAUACGCAGAGACCCGCCCACAAAAAGGAGGGCGAAGAGGGCCCACUCUACACGCAUGUCCUAUCUAUCCACCAGCGCCCUUUCAGUCAGCUCAGCCACCCUGUUGUAACCGUGCAUCAGCUGGCAGGAAAGCCAAACCAGCAAGAGCAUUACGAGAUACAUAACGAGAUAGAGAAGCCCCCUUUGCCGCCUUUGCUCAAUCGCCCGACCGCUCACUCGUUGAAGUCGGCCGUGAAGAAGAGCUGGAGUCGGCGGACCUCUCGGCCAGUGCCUGCCGUUUCUGAUCGAACUCCCUCUCCCAGUUUUGGCCGUCAAAGUGUUCCACAACGAUCUUGUCAAUGGUGGAGGGGUCCAGACACCUGGGGUUCACACCUGAUGAAUGCGAUCGAUGCGAUUGACGGAAAGGCGGAAAGAGAAAUUAAGCAGCUCGGAUUGUGGGUGCAUUGCUUACCGUAUCCGUCUGGGUUCGACCUCGGUAUAUAGAAGGACUGUACGCCACAGACUUUGCAGAACAGGUGCUGCGCCUGCAUCGAGUUGAAUCGGUAGCACGUCAGCAUCUCCUCACCCUACACCCAUGGCCAUGCACACGGACAGAGGGACUUAUUGCAUGUGUGUCGGCCGGCAGCCCUGACUGACCUGUAGGAGCUUGAAUCUGGCUUUUGGAACGAUGAAGUGCAGGUUGCUCUUGAUGGCACAGAUGGAACAGCUGCACACACACACACACACACCACACACAAGACGCACACACACACACAUUAAGCCAAGCCAUUCAAGCGCCGCGUUUCGAGCAGUCGCUUGGUCGUUCAUCAUCUCUCUGACUUGCAAUCGAUGACGUUGAGCACGGCAGGCGCCUGCACCUCAAACCUGACGGCCAGACAAUGGCAGCUGCCUCGAUGAAGAACCAGCGGCAUUUGUGACGACAUCGCAUAGGGAGUGUCAAUCUCGACUCCUGGCGGCCCAGUGGACAUCACUGAACAAUGUCAAGGGGCUUGGGAUGAGUUCGGC